AUGGUUAAAAAUUCUCAUCUUACUUUACUUGUUAUGGUCGUUACCUUUAUUUUUCUUUUACUUCUUCCAAUUGUCAAUUGUACAAAUAAACAAAUGAAAAAAACCUCAAUCAAACAAAAUAAUGAACCAGCAGCAAUAGACAAUGUUAUAUUACAACAAGAAGAUUUAAAUAAUUAUUACAAUGGAGAAGAAGGAAAUAUGAUUGAUUUUAUGGAUGAUAUUCUCAAAUCUUAUCCUCAACGUCGAGCAUCAUCAUUUCAUGCCAUGCGAGGAAAACGAUUUCUUAAAACUGCUUAA